AUGCCGGCUUAUCACUCGAAAUUCGAUCUGGAGACUCAAGUUUUGCCGCUGGGAAAUACGAAUAUGGGAAAAUUGCCGUUGAGAACAACGGUUAAAGGACCAGCGCCACGUGGGUUUUUUUGGAGGGAAAAUUUCAAUUUUUUAUCUGAAACUGCGAAUUUUACUGGAAACACAGACUUUUCAAAGAAUUUCUGGAACUUCGAUAGAAACCUUGAGUUUAGUUCAAAACUUGUUUUUUUUUCCUCAAAUUCCUCACCAAAAAUCCUUUUUCAGAAACCAGCGAUUUCGACAUAAUCGACGAGGCUCUUCAAUAUUUCAAACCCAAUAUCUUUUUCCGCGAAUUUGAGAUUAAAGGCGCAGCUGACAGAACGAUGAUUUAUUUGAUUUUUUAUAUUACCGAAUGUUUGAGAAAAUUGCAAAGAGUGGGUUUUUGAAAGUUAAAUUUAGAAAUUGUGAAAUGAAAAUGCAAAAAAUUGCUAGUUUCGAACGAAAAUUCAAGAAAAACACAAAUCUUCAGUAAUCCUGGUUUACCCCUGAAGAAGAACAUUUCAAAAUUCAUUUUUCAAAAGGCUUGAAAUUUCAAAUUUUAAAAAAUUGAGUUUAAAAAAAUCCUCUUUUUUAGACCCAAAACUAUAAUUUUUCUAUUUUUUCUCAUUUUCCAGAGUCCCAACAAAAUUGCGGCUCAAAAAGACUUAGCUGCUCUCGCAUUAUCGCAUCAACUUCCAAUUCCUGGCGAAAAUGGAUUUCCAUUGAAUAGUAUGUAUCGAGCACCACAAAAUAAACAAGACGAAGAUGAAAUGCGAGCAUAUUUGCAACAAGCAAGACAAGAACUCGGAUUGCGAUUGGUUGAAUUGGCAUUUCCUCAACCACAGGAACGAGCAUCGAAGGUUAGUUGGAUAUUUGAUUGGGAAAAAUUGAGACAUUUGCGGGGUUUCAAAAAUUCCUCAUUUUUGGUCCAAAAUUUGAUAAAUUUACGUAUUAUUGAGAGCAAUUGGAUUACUGUAGUUUACUGGGUCUCAAAACGAUUGCAAAUCCUCAAUAUUCCUUGUUUUUUCUUUGAAAAAAAACCCGAAUUUUUCACGUUUCAAAAUUUUGAUAAGGAUAUGUUUUUUUCAAAUAAUUUUCGAUACUCUCAUUUUUUUUAAAACAAAAUAGUAUUCUCUCCGUGAAGUGUAAUUGUAGAGAAUCUCAGGGUUCCAAACUGUUAUAUUUUUGGUGUAAUCAGUUCUAAAAGUCAGAGAGGGGGCGCUUCCCAUUUUGAAAAAAAUCCCCUGAAGUCACAACAAGCGUGUUAGAUGUUCCAAAAAUUGCAUUAUUUAAUAAUUACAUUGUCAUUCAUUCCGCUCUGCACUGUUUUUUAUUUUUUACGGCUGCCACAUUUUUCAACUUUGACAAUACUUCUACCGUACUCCUCAUCAAAAGCGCACACAAUUUUUGUCCCGUGUCUCGCAACGCGCGUUGAUUUUUCAAAAAAAAAAAACGAAGUGGUGUUUGCACUUAUAGAAACAUUUGAUGUGACGCCGAAUUUUCAGUGAUUUCGUUUUUUAUAAGGGAGUGAUUCCAAGUUUUCUGAUAUUUCAAUUCCAAUUCAAGAAUACUGUAGAUCAUCAUUUUCUCGCCAAAAUAUGUCAAUUCAAAUUUUCCGUUUUCUAGUGGUGGCUGUGUUUUGCUCGUCGUCGUUUCAUGGACAAAGGAUUGGUCAGCCAAGGAGUUGUUUUGUAA